AUGGCCUCCGGGAACGUGGCAUCGGGAAUGAUCUUCCUACCACAGACUGUGGUUGGAGUCCUGGGGAACUUGUCUCUCCUCCGUUCUCUCUCUGUUUACUGCACUGGGGGCAGGUUAAGGUCCACAGAUGUGAUUGUUCAGCACCUGAUUGUAGCCAACAUCUUAUCUCUCUGUAAAGGAGUCCCCCAGACAAUGGCAGCUUUUGGGUUGAGAUAUUUUCUCAAUGCUGUUGGGUGCAAACUUGUUUUCUAUCUCUAUGGAGUGGACAGGGGCGUGUCCAUUGGCCCCACCUGCCUCUUGAGUGUCUUCCAGGUGAUCACGAUCAGCCCCAGGAAACCCAGGUGGGCAAAACUUAAAGAGAAAGCCCCCAGGCAUGUUGGCUUUUCUGUUCUCCUGUGCUGGCUCCUGUACGUGUUGGUAAACGUCAUCUUUCCCAUUUACGUGACUGCCAAAUGGAACUACACGAACAUCAGAGGGAGCAAGGAUUUGGGAUACUGUUCUGGGAGAGGUCACGACAAAAGCACAGACACACUGCAUGUGAUGUUGUUAUUCCCUGAUGUGUUGUGUCUGGGGCUCAUGCUCUGGGCCAGCAGCUCUGUGGUUUGCAUCCUGCGCAGACACAAGCAGCGGGUCCAGCACAUUCGCAGGACCGAUCUCUCCCCCAGAGCCUCCCCUGAGACUAGAGCCACACAGAGCAUCCUCUUCCUCAUGAGCAACUUUGUGUCUUCUUACACUCUCUCCUGCCUUGUCCAAAUUUGUAUCACUCUUUCUGAAAACCCCGGCCGUUUACUGGUGGACACUGCAGGCUUCCUGAAUCUCUGUUUCCCAACUCUCAGUCCCUUUGUUAUCAUGAGCUGUGACCCCAAUGUAUACAGGCUUUGCUUUGCCUGGAAAAGAUGA